UCUCAAAGCUACGCAUCGCAAGAAAUCUUGGGACCUGACAAGAGACAGACGACACUCCGGUUCUUGCACGAUAACGUUCUACAUCUACUAGCUACAAGAAAUCUUCGGACCACACAAGCUGUGCUGAGACUUGAUAAAACUACCAGCUACAGUAAAACUUGAUCAUGGCAUCGAAGCUGUUGCUGUGUCUGCUGGUUGGAGUUGCUGUUCUUGCCUUCGCAACUCAAGCCGCCUCUGCUGACGUCAGCAACGGGACCACAAGUCAACCAGACGACAACCAGGUCUACGACUCGGAUGAUGAUGGUGAUGCUGUUUUUGGCGAUGAUAAGAUCGACGAUGCGACUGAAUUUGAUGGCAUCGCUCUUUGCAAUCUGACCGUCGAUGAAAUUCGUGACUUGCUAGAAGAUGACGACAAUAGAGUCAAAUAUGAUAUCGACAUCUGGGUGGCCAAGAAAGAAAUCUCCGAGAGAAAGCAACAGACCAGGAGGAAGCGCUGGAUUGGAAUCGCUGCCCGCCUCUUCCAGGCCGGCAGGUCGUUGUUCAAAGGUUCCACGGCCGGCAGGGUGUCUACAAGUGGAUCUCGUGUCACUAGGCAGUACCAGAGAUCUGGCAACUACAACGAUGCCUUGCGUGACUUCAACAAGUUCCGUCCAGAUAACGUCAAGUCUUUUGGCGGGAAAAUCAGUGGCAAAACUGGAACUGUCGGAAACCACCGAAUCACAGUGAGGAACGGAAGUAGCAACGGUCGUCCUACAUUGGAGAUCAGGUCGCCCAAAGGCAAAGGAGAAUUUGUCCGCAAAUUUAGAUACAACUAAAACAUGUGCCAAGAAUUGCCAG